AUAACACAAUGGUGGGCGAAGAGAUGUCUCUAAGAAAACGGCUGUCAAAGUCCAGUGACGAUCCUGAAGAAAAGGAAGACCAGGGGAACCCUGCAAAGCAGGCCCCAGAGACACCUAGUAAUGGCCGGGUUGACAUAAAAGAGUUAAUUGCAAAGAAGAAACAGUUGACAGCAGAGGCAGAGGAAUUGAAGCCAUAUUUUAUGAAGGAAGUUGGCACUCACUUGGAUGAUUUUGUGACCAAUCUCAUUGAAAAGUCAGUAUCAUUAGAUAGUGGUGGGUGUGCACUCACAUCCUUUUCUGUUCUUGGAGGAGUGAACAACCAUAGAGCUAAAGAUCUGAGAGCACCCCCAGAACAUGGAAAGAUUUUUGUUAUAAGGCGAUCUCUCUUAGAUGAGCUGUUCGAGGUGGACCACAUCAGAACAAUAUAUCACAUGUUUAUUGCCCUCCUCAUUCUCUUUAUCCUCAGCACACUUGUGGUAGAUUACAUUGACGAAGGAAGGCUGGUGCUUGAGUUCAAUCUCAUAUAUUAUGCUUUUGGCCAGCUUCCUGUUGUUAUAUGUACAUGGCGCGCCAUGUUCUUGAGUACACUUUCAGUUCCCUACUUCCUCUUUCAACAUUGGGCCAGAGGCUACAGCAAGAGUUCUCAUCCAGUGAUCCAUUCUUUCUUCCAUGGCUUGCUUCUCAUGGUCUUACAGAUUGGAAUUCUAGGUUGUGGACCAACAUAUGCUGUAUUAGCAUAUACACUGCCACCAGCUUCCCGGUGCAUUGUUAUCUUUGAACAGAUUCGUAUGAUAAUGAAGGUCCAUUCAUUUGUCAGAGAGAAUGUGCCUCGGGUAUUGACUUCAGCUAAGGAGAAAUCAAGAACUGUCCCAGUACCCACAGUCAACCAGUACUUGUAUUUCUUGUUUGCGCCAACCCUCAUCUACCGGGACAACUACCCCAGGACUCCCACUAUAAGGUGGGGUUAUGUGGCUAUGCAGUUUGCACAGGUGUUUGGCUGCUUAUUUUAUAUGUACUACGUCUUUGAAAGGCUCUAUGCCCCCUUGUUUCGGAAUAUCAAGCAGGAGCCCUUCAGUGCUCGUGUUCUGGUCCUAUGUGUAUUUAACUCCAUCUUGCCAGGUGUGCUGGGGCUGUUACUUACUUUUUUUGCCUUUUUGCACUGUUGGCUCAAUGCCUUUGCCGAGAUGUUACGCUUUGGUGACAGAAUGUUUUAUAAGGAUUGGUGGAAUUCCACAUCCUACUCCAACUAUUACAGGACCUGGAAUGUGGUGGUCCAUGACUGGCUGUAUUACUAUGCUUACAAGGACUUUCUCUGGUUUUUCACUAAGAGAUUCAAGUCUGCUGCCAUGUUAGCCGUCUUUGCUGUGUCUGCUGUCGUGCACGAAUACGCCUUAGCUGUUUGCUUGAGCUUUUUCUACCCAGUGCUCUUCGUGCUUUUCAUGUUCUUUGGAAUGGCUUUCAACUUCAUUGUCAAUGACAGCCGGAAAAGGCCGAUUUGGAACGUCAUGAUGUGGACUUCACUUUUUGCGAGCCAGGGAGUCCUCCUGUGCUUUUAUUCUCAAGAGUGGUAUGCACGUCAGCACUGUCCUCUGAAAAAUCCCACAUUUCUGGAUUACAUCCGGCCACGUUCCUGGACUUGCCGCUACGUGUUUUAGAAGCUUGGACUUGGUUUCCUUCCUUGACACUGAAGACUGGGUAUUCUGCCUGACUUGGGGUCAGCAUCUAUUUCCAGCUGUUACUGAUGAAGUUAUCCCUGUUGUUUGGACCACUCCAGGCUUGACAGAUGACUCACUCCAUCCCUAGGUCAUCUGGAGCUGAGCUGUUGGAAGUUUACUGGACUUAAUGUACACUUAAGCAGUGCUUUUUUGUAUUACUUUGCGGAGAAGGAAGACUUAAUAGCUAACGUAAUGACAGAUGUUUGCUGGGUCAUAUUGGCUUAAGCCUCAGAAAUUAAAUGUUUUCUUUCUCGACUAUCUAA